UUUCUUAGGUAUGUGUUAUAUACCUUCUUGCACGAGGGGACCAGGGAACAUUCAGGUGGCUGAAGUAGAGUGUCCAAGAGAUGGAGACAUACCGGGAACCCCCAUGGAUUCUCCUGAAAAAUAUCCUCGCCUGACGGUACAAAGUUUUAGAUGUCUAUCUUGAACUGCAGAUUUUAUCACGUGUGCAUUGUUUACUAAUCAACCCUGUCCAAACCUAUUCAGCCUACCAUUGAAAAUGUGAAAGAUUCUGUUCCUAAUAAAACAGUAGGAACGAAGGAUUUGCAAACGUCCAGAUCAGAGUGUUCCGCUUGGGACGCUACCGGUUUGACCCGCAAUAACAAGACUUGUCCAAGAGCCAGGCCCUUGAAAAUGGAUGAUAACUCUCCCGUUGGGUCACAAUCAGUGACCACAAAUCAGUCAUCAUCCAGAGAAUGUGGACCGAUGGCCUUAAUAGAUACGGAGAAAGUUCAUGCUGGAGCAAAAAAGAAGAAGUAUAUGCUCCAUGACCUGUGUGAACCACAGCUGCCAGAAAACCAAGAAAGCAGAAAAGAUUCUCCUGAAAAAUAUCCUCAUUUGAAGUCUCCUGUUGUGGUGAAAAAGUCUGUUCCUCAUAAAACAGUUGGCACGAAGGCUUUGCGAAUGUCCAGAGCAGAGUGUUCCGCUUGGGACGCUACCGGUUUGGCCCGCAGUAAUGAGACUUGUCCAAGAGCCGGGCCCUUGAAAAUGGAUGAUAACUCUCCUGUUGGGUCACAGUCUGUGACCAGAAAUCAAUCGUCAUCCAGAGAAUGUGGACCAAUGGCCUUAGCAGAUGAAGAAAACCCUCACGUGGGAACGAAGGAAGCGAAGAGUAAGAAGCACAGGCUCCGUGGCCCGUGUGUAUCUCCGCUGCCCCAAAACCAAGAAAGCAAAGAAGAUUCUGUUAUCCUCUUGAAAAAUCAGGAUUCAGUUCUUUCAGAUGACAGAUUACUACAACUUAAAAAAAGCUGCUAUGAACUGCUUACAGGAAAAAUGAAAGAAAUGCAAUGUAAGAUCACUGGGUUACAAAAGGAGCUGUCAGAAACAAAAGUGACACCACAGUUAGAACACCAAAAACUGGAGUGGCAAGGAGAGUUCUGCAGUAUGAGGGUGCUGAGAGUCACGAAAAAGCAAAAUAACUGUUGUCAAAAAACCACAUGUCACAGAAUGAAAUUGCCAUGUUAAAACAGAAAACGGAGGCAAUAAAAAAUCAUAACCAGGAAAUGGAAAAGAAAUAUGUUAUGGACAUU